AUCUCUCACUCUGCUCUUGGCUCCUUGCUCCUUUCCCGAUUCUUCCAAUUCUUCACCCGUGCCUUAUUCUGGUGCCCGCCCUCCUGUUUCCUCUCCCUCUCCCUCUCCCCUCCCUUCCAGCUUUCUUGUUGUUUGCGUCCCUUCCCCCCCCCACGGCGGUUUGAUCAUUCUUCCUCUCACCCCUUCGGUGCCUCUCGUUCUCCUCCUUCCUCCUCAAGUCGCUCGUUUUUUCUUUCUCUCCUCUAUAACCCCCACUCCCAACCCCGGCAUUGCACAUUGGCUGUGAUCUGUUCCCAUUUGCCGAGCUGUUCUCCUGUCGUUUCACUACUCGAGUAUUGAAUUUUGUUCGCUCCCACACAACAAAGUAAUAGUUCACAUCGCUCCUCAACCCUCGCUAUUGUUUGUUCUCUUUAUCCAGAGAGCGGAAAAGACAUUCAUUUUCCGGAUAUUUGACACGACAGCUCCUCACUCACUCACUCGUUUGGCUCGGGGCACUGGGGGUUUCGGGAAGGGGUACAGGACACGAUACUGGCAUCUGGUGGCCCCGGGAGUCUAAAUAAUCUUCCGACUGCGAAUUUGCCAGCCUCCUUAAUCUUUGCUGACGGAACCCCCUUACCCCGCUCAUUCCCAGAGCCCCUCAACACGAUAGACGUCCUUCCUCCUGCGGGAUCCUCACCCCUACCUGCUUGUGCUCCUUUCUCCAGCUCGCCAGUCGUGGGGCCGUCCGGUAUCAUACUCCCGCCCAUCACCAACCAUGCGACAAUCACCAAUGGUAACCCUACGCCGCUUAUAUACGUCACUGCUGUUACUAGCACCCCUAAUUACUGCCUACGAGCUCGACCUUGACAGCAAAAGUACUUGCUCACACACCCCUGCAUAGGGCCUUAUCUCUGGCGCUGGGAAUGCCUGCUGACCAAGCUGUUCCAUAGAGUCAAUUCUCGACAUAUCGCGAAGUAUUGCCUACAAGAUGAUGACCUUCUACCCGGGGAAUAAGACGGGAGGGAUUCCGGGUCUUUUUGGUGAUCCUUACUACUGGUGGGAAGCAGGUGCAGCUUUUGGUGUGGGUGAUACCCAAAGUGCAAUCAAUUUGACCGGUUGCUGACUUUUGGGGGAAACUGCAGUCGUUGAUAGAUUACUGGUAUUAUACGGGUGAUGAGGGAUAUGUCAAUGUUACUACGGAGGCGAUGCUGCACCAAGUUGGACCCGACCAGAACUAUAUGCCACCAAAUCAGUCAAAGUCACUUGUAUGGGUUCCCACCCGCGUUGCGACCCGCAAUGCCCAUUGACCUGUUGCGUUUUCUAGGGAAAUGACGACCAAGGAUUUUGGGCCUUGUCAGCCAUGUCUGCAGCCGAGAAGAACUUUCCUAAUCCCCCGAGUGAUCAGCCCCAGUGGCUUGCGCUAUCACAGGCUGUUUUCAACUCGCAAGCGGCACGUUGGGAUACGCUAAAGUGUGGUGGGGGUUUACGUUGGCAAAUUUUUACAUUCAAUGAUGGCUAUGUCUACAAGAAUACGGUCUCGAACGGAUGUUUCUUUCAACUUGGAGCUAGGCUGGCGAGGUACACGAGAAACAGCACAUAUGCGGAAUGGGCCGAGAAGGCGUACGACUGGACGGAGUCCAUCGGGCUCCUAUCGAAGGACUAUAAGCUGUUCGAUGGAUCCGAUUCGAACUUGAAUUGUUCGGAGUUGAACCAUAUCCAAUGGUCCUACAAUUCUGGGCUUUACAUGGCAGGAGCGGCUUACAUGUACAACUACGUAAGUUGUGGCAAUUGAGAGUUAUUUUUGGUGCACACGCUGACCCCUCUCGGAACUGCAGACCAACGGGCAGGAGCGUUGGCGCACUCGUCUGUCCGGUCUCUUGAAUGCAACUGACGUGUUCUUCAUCAACAACACAAUGGCGGAGGUUGCCUGCGAGUCUAGCGACACCUGUGACGUUGACCAGCGAUCCUUUAAAGCAUAUACAUCCCGUUUUAUGGCCCUGACCGUCCAGAUGGCCCCUUGGACGGCCGACCUUAUCAUGCCAAAACUUCGGACGUCUGCUAAAGCGGCCGCGCGACACUGUUCAUUUGGGGAAGAUAAGAAUACGUGCGGGAUGAUUUGGACGCAGGAGGGGUGGGACAAUAAGUACGGGGUCGGGGAACAGAUGUGUGCACUGGAAACAAUUCAGAGUAAUCUUAUCAAGUCCGUGGCCCCUCCGGUAACAGCGGACAAUGGAGGUACGAGUAUGGGGAACCCAGGAGCAGGGACUGGAGGGGAUAGGGCCGUUUCGGCUCCCCAGACAUCACCAACCACACAAGGGGAUAGAAUCGGAGCCGGAUUCCUAACGGCCUUCGUCAUAAUAUUAAUGGUUAUGGGAGGAUACUUCAUGAUUAUCUAAAGGUUGGUGGAUGGUUCCUGGCCACUUUUUAUUCUUCCUUUUCUUGACAUUCCUUUCUUUCCACUUCAUGUUCAUUAGUAUAAAGUUGGUUGGGAUGGGGUUCACCUGCUACUGGGAUCCCGAUCAGCUUGCGGUCACGGGGGUUUUCGAUCUUACCUUCUUUUCCUUUGCUGGAUUUUCCCGUUCUUGCCCCCCGCCCCCGUUUCUUGUGCUAUCAUCCUGCUUGCAAGAGAUAUCCCCACCCUGAACAAGAUUAUUCUUGUGUCUCUUUCCUUUUUUUUCUUUUUUUCUUUUUCCCUUUAGUAACUAAUGAAGAGAUGUACAAAUGUGCAGUGGGCGUAUUCCGUUUUCAUAUAUUUUCCUCCUUGAUCCUUUUCUCACUCUCAAAAACGGUUUUCUUUGUGGGGGGGAUGUACAGUUUUUUCUACUUUUUUUAUUAUUUUUUAUCCGUUGCUAUUUUGGGUAUUCAAGCAGGUAAAAGGAGGGUAUAUAGGGGCUCGACGAUUGGAUUUUCAGACAAGGCGUAAUAUUUGUUUAAGCAGGUUAGCGUAUGUAUAUUUCAAUACCAUUAGUUGUGGUGCAAUUUUGAUGUCUGGUGUUGACAAGCGA